AUGAGUGAAAAGCUAUCAAUUGGUAAUGAGAUCAAGGACUCAUACAAAGAGACUCAUAAAUGGGUUCAAAACAACUUGAAAGGGCUGAAAGAUAUUGAACAGUUUUAUCGGGAAAGGGCUAAACUAGAAAGGGAGUAUGGUGAGAAAUUGAGUGGACUAACUAAGGAGUUUCUAAACAGGAAAAGCAAAUCGACAGUCCCAUUAUCUGUUGGUGAUACCCCCACAGUUACCCCAGGUUCUCUCGAGGCUGCCGAUCUAGUGGCCUGGAAUGAAAUACUAUCUCAAACCGAAGUCAUCUCUAAAGAUCAUCAUCACCUGGCAAAUGACUUCGAGCGUCAGAUAGCUGAACAGCUGUCAGGACUAUAUGCAAAACUUGACAUGACUCUGACCAAGAUAGGAGGAUUUAACGAAGAAGUGACCACUAAACGUGACACCAUUAACCAGGAUUUAGAGAAAGCCAAGAAACGAUACGAUGAGGUAUGCGCUAGCAUGGAAAUGGCAAGAAAUAAGCAUACCAAAUCCUCGAACGAACGCAAUAAGCGAAAGCUAGAAGAGAAAGAAUCAGAGAUGAAUAUCGCCAAAAAUGAAUAUUUGAUCAAGAUAAACCAGGCGAAUAGAAUCAAAGAUAAGUACUAUUUUCAGGAUGUACCUGAAGUGCUGGAUCUCUUACAGGACUUGAGUGAAUCGCGGAUCUUUUUCCUCAAUGAUAUAUGGAGAUCUGCCAAAGAUCUUGAAGUUUCUGCCGGUGAAAGAGUGCAGCAAAGGUUGAAUACUGCUGACUCAGUGGUAUCACAAAAUUUACCAUCUCUCAGUACAACAAUGUUUAUCAAGCACAAUUUGAAGCAAUGGAAAGAACCUAAAGACUUUUGUUUCGAGCCAUCACCGGUAUGGCAUGACGAUGAGAAGUUCGUCGUCACAACUCAAACUGAGCUAACUGAUCUUAAAGUGAAACUGGCCAAAGCUGAACAAACAUAUAACCAUUUCCAAGAUUUAUCACAAGCUGAGAUGUCCAAACUAUCUGCUUUAAACCAACGGAAAAAGGAGGCUAAAGCGGAUGAAAGCUCCGCAGAUGCUGUUGGUUUUUAUGAGACUUUAAAGAGCUACUUAUCAGUAAUUACGCCUUUUACAUCCCAUGAGACUUUAAAAUUACAGGCUGAAGUUCAGAUCGAGAGUAUCCAAAAUAAUGUUCCUUCCGAGUACGAUUUGUCAACCGAUGAUAUAGACUUGUCAAAACUCAAGAAAAAAUCUGGGCUCUUGAGUAAAUUGAAGCACAAUAUCCUCAACACAGAUUCGUCAUCUUCAAAAACCAGUCACAGGUUGUCACUUUUUGGAAAUGGUUCCGAUAAGAGAGGCUCAACAGCACAGAGCCUUGACAACGAUACCACGUCAUUAACUUCCAGCACUUCAUUAUCUACUAAUUACACUGCCGGUACAGGCUCUAAUAAGAACAAAGUGCUCUUUGCAUAUUCAAAGCAGGACGCAGACGAAGUUUCGAUCAGCUUACGUGACUUAGUUGCACUGGAAGCAGCCGAUACGGGCUCAGGAUGGACCAAGAUCAAGAAUUUAACCACCGGUGAGACAGGUCUAGUACCCACAACAUAUGUCGAAAUAAAUGAAGCGGCCAAGAUCAAAGAAGCACCCAAAGUUCCUCCGCCCAGACGUACCAACAUGCCAACUAGAACAAUGCAAGCGCAAUACGACUACGAAGCUCAAGGCGAUGACGAGCUCUCACUGACACCCAACGAUGUUGUAAACGUGAUAAGAGGAGAUGACGGCAGUGGCUGGACUUACGGAGAGCUAAACGGCGAAAAGGGUCUUUUCCCCACAAGCUAUUGCAGAUAA